AUGCCCCUUUCGUGGAAACGCCUGAUCCGCUUCGGCGCCCUCGACGGCCGCAUCUUGCGCGGGGAGCCCAUCCUUCCCGCAAAGCGCGAAAUGGACCUGGGCCAGAUCACCGAAGCCAAUCAGCUACAAGCUCGAGUUCUCCAGGGCGAGGACAUCUACGAUACAACACCAGACCAAGCCCCCAGCGACGUCCCCAUCCUCCGGUGUGUGGGCCUCAACUACGCCAAGCACAUUCCAUGUCAGAUCCCGAUCGAGUCUAAUUCCUGCGGCACAAUGUCUGGUCAUCGGCAAAGACGUCAAAAACGUGCCUCGGGAGCGCGCUCUCGAUGGGGAUUCUCCAAGGGGUUCGACACGUUUGCGCCGCUGGGCCCGGUUCUGGUCUCGGAGAUCCCCGCCCCGGCGCAGCUGCAUCUAAAAACAAUUGUCGACGGGGAGAUGUGCCAGAACGAGACCGUCGGGGAUUCGCUGUUCGACUGCGCGUACUUGGUCUCGUAUCUGUCGCAGGGCACGACGCUGCAGAAGGGGAGCGUGAUUAUGGCGCAACGGACAGGCCUACGCCGAGUAUCGGCUGGUCUCGCUACUGCCCGGGUUCGGGAUAACCUCCUUCGGGUCCGUGUUCACGCCCAACAUCGCCCAGGCCUACUUGACGCAUCGGCACCAGCGCGAGACGGCGCAGUGUCUGGUGUUGAUUAA